AUGUCUCUUGAAGAAAAGCUCGAAAAGAUACGCUCACCCAAACUUCAGAGCCAACAGAGUACGCGGAUAGUUCUAUCUACAGUUGAAGAAACUUUACGCGAUCAGAAAUCAGAAAUAACACCUGCAGCAUAUAUAGCAGUACUACUCUCGCUUUUGCGACAAGCAAUCUCUACAACAAAGCUCAAUAAAGAUCUAGCAACUUCACUCGUUUACCUCUUAGAUGUCGUUACACCUUUCGCCCCACAAGCCCUCCUGCGAUCAAAAUUUUCUCAAAUACUUACAAAUUUGGCACCAGCAUUAACUUAUCCUGAGGCCGAUGCACCACUUCUCCGACCAUCUAUCGGAUGUCUUGAAUCACUAUUGAUAUCUCAAGAUACUGUAGCAUGGAACAUGGGCCAAUCUCAGGUUGGCCCACGCCGGGCAUUAGCUGGACUUCUAGUGUUGGCAGCAGACCACAGACCCAAGAUAAGAAAGAGGGCCCAAGAAGCUAUAUCCAAAGUUCUUAAAAAUCCUCCUCUAAGCGUUGCUGUGGACCAUCCUGCUGCUGAUAUGUGUGCCGAGAGUGCUCUAAAGCAACUAAAGGAUCUAGUUUCAGCAAUAAAUCAGGAUCAGAAAAAUAAAAAUAAAGGGAAUAUUGAAGGUAACCCAAGUUUGAUCCAUGCAUUGCAACUAGUAAAAACUAUUGCCGCUGCAUCAGGUGGCUGGCCCGUGAGGAACAUAGAGUCUCUAUGUGAAGUUUUACUACAAAUCUCCAAAUCAAGCAAUGAAUAUAUGACUAUGGCCGCAUUCCAAGUAUUUGAGAUAAUUUUUGAAGGCAUGGUAAGUGCGGAAACUUCAUCAAAGCUCCCACGGUUACUUGAAGUCAUUUCCGAGAUUCGACCUUCUCAGAGUGAUACGCAACUUCUUCCACCUUGGAUUGCUAUUGUUUCUAGAGCCAAUGAAGUAUCAGCUCAGUUAUUUAUUUUAAUAUCUAGCUUUCUAUCAUCCCCUUCUUUUGCGAUUCGCGACGCUGCCUCCGCAUGUCUGAUAAGACUCAUGGAAACUUGUAUUCCUCCUUCUAUACUCCUGCAGCCAUCAAUAUACGACGAGAAAAUUAUAGAAAAAUUAGGUAGUGCAGCCUUGAAUCUGCUCAGCAUUAAGUACCAGGCAGCCUGGCCUGAAACUUUCAAAGUUAUAAGUGCUAUGUUCGAUGGUCUUCGCUGGAAAUCUGAGAGUAUCUUACUUAAUGCGGUGAAAGUUAUCGGAGAGAUGCGAGAAAACGAUUCAUUCUCCGGAAAAAAAGAUGCAGAUGCAGUGAUUGGAAAGGCUGUGAAAGCAAUCGGGCCAGAAGCUGUUCUACGAGUUCUGCCCCUAAAUCUUGUCGCGCCAAAACCUGGCCAACCUGGUCGUGCAUGGAUACUUCCUUUAUUACGAGAUUAUGUUGGGAACACUAGACUACAGCAUUUUAUCACUGAAUUUAUACCUAUGAGUGAAAAUAUUUAUCAACGUAUUCUCAAUAAUGGUGAGGCUGAGAAAACAAUGGAAAUAAAAAUAUUUGAGACUCUUGUUCAACAAAUCUGGUCACUACUACCAGGAUAUUGUGAUCUACCAUUAGAUUCUGUAGAGUCAUUCGACCAAAAAUUUGCUGAAUUGAUCUCAAACUUAAUAUAUAAGCAAGUUGAACUUCGACCCGAUAUCUGCAGAGCCCUACAGAACCUUGUAGUAUCUAAUCAAGAUAUAUUAGCUUUGGAUACUGACGACGAUCCUGUUUUACAGAGACGAGUCUCGAAAGCUAAAGCUCAGGAGAACUUAGAUCAUCUCUCAAAAUUUUCGAAUAAUUUUCUAGCCGUACUUUUUAAUGUCUACAGUCAAACCCUGCCUCAAUAUAGAGGAUAUAUCCUACAAUGCAUUAAUACUUAUCUUAGCAUAACGCCCCCUAACCAAGUAAAGGAAACUUUUGAUCGAGUCAUAGAAAUGCUUCAAACUUCUCUAACCGACGCCGAAACUCAAAAACAAUCAGAAAAACCAAAGCAUAACUUGAAAGAUACAGCUAAAUCAAUGCCUCCAACCAGCCACACACUUAUGGAUCUGGUCAUUGCACUCUCAAUCUAUCUACCACAGGAUAGCUUUAGUCUACUUUUCAAAACUGCAGCCAUCAUAAUUGCAAAAGACAACGAUGUCCAAUUACAGAAAAAAGCAUAUAAACUCAUCCCCCGAUUUUCAACUUGUGAUAUUGGCAAGAAGGCACUACAAGAAAGAAAUUGUGAACUCCAAAAACUACUGAUUGAAAGCUCAGAGAAAGUAACUGCUCCGGUUAAAAGAGACCGACUCUCGGCUAUUUCGACACUAAUUAAAUAUCUUCCGAUUGAUUUGCUUCACUUUAUACCUGAGAUUCUUUCAGAGGUUGUGAUAUCCUGUAAAGAAACCAACGAAAGAGCACGGGCAGCGGCCUUUGACCUUCUUAUACUCAUGGGUGAGAAGAUAGCCGAAUUUUCAGGAGCAACAAUUGAGAACAGAAAAAUCACUCAUAUGCCUGAUGAUGCACCUUCUGUCAUCGCAUCUCUUGAUGAAUAUAUCACGAUGGUAAGCGCUGGUCUUGCAGGUGGCUCGCCCCAUAUGCAGUCAGCUUGCGUCACAGCUUUGACGCGGAUACUGUACCAUUUUUACAAGAAUUUGACGCAAGAAACUGUGUCUGAGCUUGUUGAAACAUUAGACCUUUAUCUCUCUUCGAAUAACCGUGAAAUUGUUCGAAGCGUUUUAGGCUUCGUGAAAGUUUGCAUUAUCAGUCUACCAACUGACAUAAUCCUGCCUCGACUAGCUUCUCUCCUUCCAAAUCUGAUGGUCUGGAGCCAUGAACACAAAGGCCAGUUUAAAGCUAAAGUCAAGCAUAUUAUCGAACGUAUGAUUAGGCGGUUUGGUAUAGAUACUGUUAAUAAAUACUGUCCCAUAGAAGAUCGCAAGCUUAUUUCCAAUAUUCGGAAAACAAAGGAGCGAAAUAAAAAACACAAGGAAGCUUCCAAGGCCUCUAACGUGGAAGACAACGAAAAAGAAGAUGAGGCCUCGUCCAAGAGAAAGAUGCGUUUUGAAAGUGGAUACGAUGAGACUGUCUAUGAUAGCGAUGAUACUUCGGGCUCGGAUUCUUCUGAUGAUGAGGUGCUUAUUGGGAGUAGAAAAGGUCCCAAGAGGCAGAGCGCGACUUAUAUCGUCGAGGACGAAGAUGAUCCAUUGGAUCUAUUGGAUCGAAAAUCUCUCGCUAAUAUCUCAUCGACGAAACCUCUAAAACACAAGGUACCCGUAAAGCACAAGGUCAAGGUAGAUUUAGACGGAAAGCUUUUGCUAGGCGAAACCGAUGACGCUAUGGAACUAGAUGAGACUGUGGGAGAGGUCGAGAAUGGUGUGGGUGCAUAUGUCAACGCUAUCAAAGGUCGGAAUGCCGCGCAAAGAGGGCGAGGUGGCCGAUUAAAAUUCUCGAAUAAACGGAGCAAAGAGGACGAGGAAGAUAUGGAUAUUGAUGCGCAGGAGAUCAAAGCUGUCAAGGAUCAGAUUGUCGUGUCGUCACGCGCGAGGUCUACUGCUCAAAAAAGCAGGGGACCGAGCAGUCGUUCAAGUGGGAGGGGGGGCAUUGCCAACGGGCGGAGAGGACUCGGUCAAGAGAAGGGGCGGACACCAAGUGACGGGCGGUCGCGGGGCCGCGGUGGCCGAGUCAUGAAACCCUCACGUGGAACGUCACGUAGAAAAUAA